AUGGAAAUUGGAUCAAAUGGAAAAGGAUUUUACUGUGGAGGUGUCCUUAUAAGCGAUCGAUAUGUCCUGACAGCCGCACAUUGCGUUAAUGGAAAGGAUAUACCAUCAACAUGGAGAUUAACUGGGGUAAGAUUAGGUGAAUAUAACACCGAUACCGAUAUCGACUGCCUGGCCGACGGGCCACGAGGGACCCUCGAAAGCGCGAUAGAAGCAGGUUAUUGCGCCGAUCCGCCCGUCGACUUAGCCAUUGCUGAUCGGACGGUUCACGAACUGUACAAUCCAAACAGCCGAAAUCAGCAGAACGAUAUUGCUUUACUGAGACUGGAGCGAAGUGUACAAUUUACAGAUUAUAUUAAGCCAGUAUGUCUUCCGGAUGCAACUGAGCAAACAAAGUCAUUUGUUGGAAAAAGCUUGUAUGUUGCUGGAUGGGGAAAAACAGAAUCAAGAUCAGAAAGCCCAAUAAAACUCAAACUAGAAGUCCCAGUAGUCACCCGAUCCGCUUGCUCAAACGUCUAUGCAGGUGUUUCGGUUCAAAUCGGUUCGGGCCAACUAUGCGCUGGUGGCGAACGUGGCCGAGACAGCUGUCGUGGGGAUUCGGGUGGGCCACUUAUGGCCAUAGAUCGGGAAUCUGGCCAGGUGGCUAACUGGAUAGUGGCCGGAAUAGUGUCGUUUGGCCCUUCGCCUUGCGGUAUGCAAGGCUGGCCAGGCGUUUACACGAAAGUUGGAGAUUACGUGGAUUGGAUUCAGAGUAAAAUGCGUGCUUGA